GGGUGAUCUGGGGUCGGGCUGUGCUGUGCCCAGCCUUGAUUUUAGAGUUCUGAGAGCUCUGCAACCUGCGUGUGUUUCACUCUGCAUCCUGGCCUUCCCCUCUGAAUUCCCUUUGGUUUGUGUUUUCCAAGGCUUUAUUUCCUCCAAAUCAAUGUGGGGAUGCCCCAGCAGUGUCUUGCUUGCAGGUGUAAAUCCCAGCACAGCACUCAGUGAGGAAGAGGUGUCCAUGCUCUGUGGCAUGCUCACAGGGAAUUCAGUUGCAGAAAUAGGAAUUGGAGAAGACCUAGUUUACUUCCAUUGGCUGUUCAAAGAAGAGAUUUCUAGACGGUUUAAAGCCAAACAGGAUCAGCUGGUUCUGAUCUUUGCUGGGAAGAUCCUGAAGGAUGGAGACACGUUGAAUCAACAUGGGAUCAAAGAUGGGCUCACUGUUCACUUGGUCAUUAAGACUCCGCAGAAGGUCCAGGAUUCAACAUCUGCUGCUUCUGCCCCCAAUGCUGCUUCUGCCCCCAGUGCAAACCCUUCUUCUCCUGCUGCCCCAUCUCAGCCCUCCACAUCCAGCAGUGCUGGUCCGGACGCGGGGAGCGGCAGCAGACGGAGCAGCGGGUCAGGGAGCGUGGGAGGUCCUGGAGAUGGAGGCCCCAACAGUGCUGCAUCCAUCCUGUCUGGCUUUGGUGGCAUCACUGGGCUGGGCAACCUUGGCAUGGGCUCUGCCAACUUCAUGGAGCUCCAGCAGCAGAUGCAGCGGCAGCUGAUGUCCAACCCGGAGAUGCUUUCCCAGAUCAUGGAGAAUCCCUUGGUGCAGAACAUGAUGUCCAACCCUGACCUCAUGAGGCAGAUGAUCAUGGCCAAUCCCCAGAUGCAGCAGCUCAUGGAGCGAAAUCCAGAGAUAAGCCACAUGCUUAAUAACCCAGAGCUCAUGAGGCAGACGAUGGAAUUGGCUCGUAACCCUGCCAUGAUGCAGGAGAUGAUGCGGAACCAGGACCGUGCUUUGAGUAACCUCGAGAGCAUUCCAGGGGGAUACAACGCCCUGCGCCGGAUGUACACAGACAUCCAGGAGCCCAUGUUUAGUGCAGCCAGGGAGCAGUUUGGCAGCAAUCCUUUCUCUUCCUUGACGGGGAAUUCUGACAGCUCGAGCUCUCAGCCUUUGCGGACAGAGAACAGAGAGCCAUUGCCAAACCCCUGGAGCCCCACGCCCCCUGCUUCCCAGAGUCAGGCACCCAGCAGUGAAGGGAGCACGGGCUCGGCCACCACCCAGGGCACCCCAACUGUGUCCAACCCCUUUGGGCUGAAUGCUGCCAGCAUCGGUGCUGGCAUGUUCAACAGCCCAGAGAUGCAAGGACUCCUGCAGCAGAUUUCUGAAAACCCCCAGUUGAUGCAGAAUAUGAUCUCUGCCCCCUACAUGCGGAGCAUGAUGCAGACUCUUGCCCAGAACCCGGACUUUGCAGCACAGAUCAUGGUAAAUGUCCCCCUCUUUGCUGGGAAUCCACAGCUUCAAGAACAGCUCCGCCUUCAGCUCCCUGUCUUCUUGCAGCAGAUGCAGAACCCGGACUCGCUGUCCAUCCUCACCAACCCCCGCGCCAUGCAGGCCCUGCUGCAGAUCCAGCAGGGACUCCAGACGCUGCAGACGGAGGCGCCCGGAUUAGUGCCAAGCCUUGGCUCCUUCGGCAUGCCCCGGAUGCCCCCGGCCUCCACAGGAGGAAGCACAAUCCCGGAGAACCCCGUUCCCUCUGCUUCGACGCCGGCCAGUGCCUCUCCAGCUGGGGGUGGUAACCCUCAACAGCAGCUCAUGCAGCAGAUGAUCCAGCUGCUGGCCGGAGGAAGCUCUCAAGCGCAGAGUCCCGAAGUGCGAUUCCAACAGCAGCUGGAGCAGCUGAAUGCCAUGGGCUUCAUCAACCGCGAGGCCAACCUGCAGGCGCUCAUCGCCACCGGCGGGGACAUCAACGCAGCUAUCGAGAGACUGCUGGGCUCCCAGCCUUCCUAAACUCUGCCCUGCUGCCCCACAGACGUCAGCACACGCAUCCAUACACAUGCACAGGGGAUCUUUCCGGAAAGCCCGCCGUCAUUUUCAUAUCUGACAGCUGUCCAUGUAUUUAAAACAAAAAGAUACAGCUUAACCCCUGACCUUCCUACUAAGUUAAGAUUUCAUGUUGAAAUGCUCUUUAACUGGCUUGUAUGUGGAUUCCAGUUCUCAUCGUGGCCACAGAGACUUCAGAUGUGUAUUUUUUCCUAAAUAUGCCCUGUCUCAGACACUCUUCUCUCUCUCUCUAGAUGGUAGAGGCGAUACUUCUAGUUACUUACCUGAAUGAUUGUGUUUUGAGUAGCUUGAUUUUAACUGUACAUGAUUCCUUCCCUUAGCCCUCCUUUCAGGCAAAUAUUUAAAAAAUUGAGCCGAGUUUGGGGAUUGGUUAUUUCUCUCAGUGUCUUAUUGGGAAUGGAUCAAAAGAAAAAUUGAAAUUACCUGAGAAUUUCUGAUGUCAUUUGUCUUAAUGUUUCCUGGGAUGAACCGAGCCCGUGUCCCUCACUCACAGGUGCCUCCAGUCUCCUGGUAGAGGGUUAGUGGGUGCAAAACCUGCAUUUGAAGUGUGGCCUCUUUACACUCUGGGGGUGUUGUAGUGGAAACCAGGGGUGUGCAGUGACCAGGUGUGCCGUUCUUGAGCUUGAGUUGAAGGUGCUGUGCAGAGGAAGGUGUUUGGAAGGUGUGUUUCUGCCCAAGUCAUGUGGUUCCUGGUCAGAGGUGUCCAGGGGCAUUGACUCUUGUGCUCAGUGGGCUCAUUUGUACAAGUGUGAAAACUAAAAAGGAAAUGGAAAAAUAAGCUAACGGUCUUUUCGCCUCACUGAAAAAUGUUGAAGUUCAUGUUCCUCCCAGUUUAGAUCCAUCCUCCAGCCCCCCUUCCAUUCUGGUGUGUUUGAAUGUUCAGACUGUCCAAGAGACUCCCCAGGACCAGCAGGGUGGUGUUUCCCAGGAGCCUCCAUGGCUGUGUAAUUUGCAUACACCAUUUUUAUCAAAGGAAAAUAAAUGCGCACAACCAUCUGUC